AUGAAUAUCAAUAAGGGCAUCAUCAAACUCAUCCCCAAAGAUGGAGAUAAAGCUCUUAUUAAAAACUGGAGGCCGAUUACUCUGCUUAAUGUCUCCUAUAAAAUUUUAGCGAAAAUCCUUACUCUGCGGCUUCAGAACAUCCUCCCCAAGAUUAUUGGCUCAACACAGACUGGGUUCAUUAAGGGAAGGUAUAUUUUAGAAAAUGUGAUAACUAGCUGGGAAGCUAUGCAUUGGGCUAAGCAGUCCCAGCAAAACUCUGCCAUGCUGCUUUUAGACUUCGAGAAAGCUUAUGAUCGAGUAGAAUGGAAUUUCAUCACCAUGACUCUUGAAGCUUUUGGUUUUCCUAGCAGAUUUUGUGAAUUUGUUAAAAUGAUGAUGAAAGAUGUUUUUGCCCAAAUUGAUAUCAAUGGAUCCUUAUCCGAGGCCUUCCCUCUGGGUAGAUCUACCAGACAGGGCUGCCCCCUGGCCCCUGCCCUUUUUGUGAUUUCCUCAGAAGCUCUCCACUAUAUUCUUAAAGAUCACUCUAUGUCCCCUGCUGUUAGAGGUAUCCGGCUCCCUAACAAUGAAGAGCUCAUCACCAGUCAGUUUGCCGAUGACACUACUGUUUUCUUUGAAGCCUGUGACAGCAACUUUGAAGCGCUUCAAAACAAACUUAAGACAUUCUGCAUUAUAUCCGGAGCAAAGAUCUCCUACUCCAAAUCUACCUAUCUUGGAUGGCAUGAAGUUCCUCCUGACUGGAGUAAUAGAUUUCAAUAUCAAUGGGGAGGUCCUCACCUGGUGGUUAGAUACCUUGGAAUUCCCUUUUCUGUGGACCCCUCUCUUAAGGCUAUGUGGCUUUGGAUCAAAGACAAAAUUAACUCCAAGCUUAAUAAGUGGCAUAACCGUUCCCUUUCUCUUGCUGGCAGGGUUCAAGUUUGCCAGAAAAUUCUCUCAUCCUAUAACAUAUACUUCUCGUCGGCCUGGUUGUUCAAUAACUAUCAGAUAUUUGAGAUCCAGAAGGCCAUUAGACAAUUCCUUUGGUUUGAUGGCAGAGGAACUAGGAAAAUGCAUGCUGUUAAGUGGCAAUGGUGUCAUACGGACAGCCUCCUUGGGGGAUUGGGCUUGAAGGAUCUCAGAAUUCAAGGAGUUGCUCUUGCCGCUAAAUGGAUCUUCCACUCUAUGGAGGGUGACUCCCCAUGGAAAAUCCUUAUUAGAAACAACAUAGAAAUGGGUUUCCCUAAGCAUGCCAAAUCCUGGAAGGGCCUGCCCCUUGCUGAUCUGAUCAUGGGUAGCUUUCCUAUUAAGGUCCAUGGAUCUGCAGUUUUCUGCUCCAUUUGGAGGGCUUGGGAACAGGUUAGAAAGUUUGUAAACAAUAAGGACUACCAUGAUAGUCAAACUCUAUACGGCGAAAGAUCUAUUUGGUGGAACUUACAGCUCUCGGGAAAGCCCUUAGCCCUCUCACAAGGCUGCUCUGCAAGGUAUUGGAACAAUAAAGGGAUAUCCCAAUUGAUUGACCUAUUUGAACAUAACCAACUAAUGCCUUGGAAUGAUCUCAAAACUAAAUUUAACAUUCCUGACUCGCAAAAGAAAACAUAUAAUAUGAUUGUUAAAGCCACUAAAGAUCUCCCCAUGACCUGCUAUGUGGAUUCCAAUAGGUUCCUUCAGUGCAAAUGGCCUGAUGGUAACAUCUUCAGCAAGAUUAAGGCAAAAAAUAUUUACAAUGUUAUCAAUCAUAACAGCUCCAUCAUUGAACAUAUUAAUGCUCUUUGGUAUACCUCCCUUGAUAGCUGUUCCUGGAAGAAACUCCUUAACCACCUUUGGAAGGGGCCCAUUGAACCUAAAAUUAAAUACUUUAGAUGGCUGUUAUUGCUGAACAGACUCCCUGUCAAGAACUUGGAAGCUCAAACUGAAUACUAUAAAUUCUGUAAGAUGCCUGAAACUUGUAGACAUAUCUUUUUUGAUUGUAUUUUUGCCAAGAAAAUUUGGCAAAUGUUUGAUAUAUCUUAUCCACUUGAUUACUCCAUUUUGAAUAUUGUGACUGGACAUAUUUAUGGGAUUAAAAAGGAUACUAAUCUUUUUUGGUACAUUCUCUCUUCUAACAUCUUGUGGCAGCUCUGGAAGUGCAGGAACGAGGAAAAAUAUCAGGACAAACCCCAGUCCCUUACUGAGUUUUACCGUAAACUCACAUAUUUUAAAAUCCUCUUGCAGGUCUAUACCAUGAUGAUGAUUGAUAAAGACAAGCUUAGGCGGUUCCUGAAGACCGGUCACGCCACCUUCUUUGUUUAUGAGAUGAAGCACGGCUACGAGUGGAGAAAGAACAUUGAUGACAUCAAAGCUUUUGACAAGACCCUGAACAAAAUGAGCCAAGAAAUCAGGCGGAACAAGAACACCAAAAAGGAGGUGCUUGCCAUGCCGAUCCAGGAAAACAAGAAAGUUGUUUGGAUGGAGGGGGAUAAGGGAUGGAUGACCUGGGUUGAUGCCAUUGAUGGCAUCCUGCCUUAG